CAUGCAAACAACGCCAAUACAGAGCUGUAAUGGAAGCGAGCAGCAGAGUGAUGGUGCAGGUGUUGUUGUUGGCGUUGGUGGUGCAGGUCACCCUGUCCCAGCACUGGUCCUAUGGGUGGCUACCAGGUGGAAAGAGGAGUGUGGGAGAGCUGGAGGCGACUAUCAGGAUGAUGGGUACAGGAGGAGUGGUGUCUCUUCCCGAAGAGGCGAGUGCCCAGACCCAAGAGAGACUUCGACCAUACAAUGUAAUGAAUGACGAUUACAGUCAUUUUGACCGAAAGAGAAAGUUCCCUGAUAAUUGAAGAGCUACACAAAAAAAAGAGAGAAGAGAAACAUGGACUGUAUUUGCAUCUUCAUCAACACCAGUGAUGGACCGCUCGUGUUCAGGAUACUGACUUUAAAAAAAAACAUAUUGCACAGAUCAAUUGAAAUCUAUGUCUGUAAGAUUUAAA